AUGGCGCACGACCACAGCUCCAUGUCUGGCAUGUCUGGCAUGUCGGGUAUGUCUGGCAUGGACCACGGCGGCGCAUCGAUGGAGUGCAACAUGCACAUGCUCGGCAACUGGCAGACGACCAACAUUUGCAUCCUCACGUCGUCCUGGCACGUCCGCACCAACGCCCAGUUCGCCGGCACCUGCAUCGGCGUCUUCCUCAUCGUCUUCCUCAUCGAGACGAUACGGAGGUGGGGCCGCGAAUUUGACCGCUGGAUCGUUGAGCAGGCCGAGAUCCAGCGCCGCGAGCGCAGAAGGGCCGAGAGGGAGAUCCAGAGGGCGCUGGUCGAGGCCGAAAAGGCGGGCCAGCCCAGACCCCAGGUCGGCGAGAGGAUCGACAGCAUCUUCUUUGGUCUGCCGAGGAGCCGGAGCGGGCGCGCCAACCAGCUCGCCCCGCCGAGGUUCAGGCCGACAAUGGUCCAGCAGGCGAUCCGUUCGCUCUUCUACGGCUGUCAAUUCGCCGGCGCUUACAUCGUGAUGCUCAUCGCCAUGUCCUUCAACGGCUACAUCCUCAUCUCGAUCAUCGCCGGCGGCAUGUUUGGCCACUUCUUCUCGACGCUGGAUACGCUCGGCAGCCCAUCGAGCGAAGAGGAGCUCGACCACGACUACUCGCCGCACGCCAGGUCGACGCCGAGGGUCACCGCUGCGCGCGAGCCCACGGGCGUGAAACCCGACUCGAUCGGCAAGGAUGGCGACGCUGCGACCGACGACGACGACGGCAUCAGCGUCGAGUCGAGCGAUGGCGAGCCGGCGCCUCGGCGGGGCGUCAGGAGAAAGGCCGUCGGCCCCGAUGCGCAGCAGCAGGACCACGUGUACGGCACCGGCACUUGCUGCGGUUGA